AUGGCUCCUUCUCCUCGCCAGAAAAUUGAUCAUGAAGGUCCAAACUUUUCUGCUACAACUCUCCAACGGUUCCCAAGACAUUUCUGGACAAAUAUGGAUAGCAUCUAUCAGAUCAAAUACAACUUAAGUUCCCAAGUGGUUCAGAAUGGAAAAUCAAACUCAGAAGAUGUAAUAGUGAGGUUUGGUUUGAAAAUGGUUGGCCAGAGUUCUCAGAGUUUCACUCUCUUGAAUAUGGCAAUUUGGCAAAUGCUUAGUUUUCCCAUACGAAGGGAAAUCAAAAUUCCACAUUUUGAUAUUUGA